GAAAGGCUGAAUUAACUGGAGCAAGCUAUAUCGCAAUCACUGUGGGUCUAUUGAGUUCCUGAGAAGUGAAGAAAAGCUGCAUGUGAGCUUGAACAGACGGUAACUUUUGGACUCCUCUUAAAGAAAGUGCUGGAGGGGGAAAGUAAAAGGAAAACAGAAACAGAAGGAGGGGAGGAAGAUAAGUGUCAAUCUGUUCAAACUUGUUUGGGAAUUUGAGAAGGGCGGGAGGAGGAGGGGACGAAAGAGAGAGAGAGAGGAACACUGUGAGAAUCUUUUUUUCUUACAUGAACACAUUAAGUAGGACAGAGGCAAGCUGGAUAAUUAAGUCAGUGUUUUCAGUAGAGCAUUUGUCUCACUAAACUUUGGUUCUCUUAAUGGGCAAACACUGAUAUGUGGGAUGUCUAAGAGUUGUGCAGUUCCUGCCAGCUUCACUUUGUCAAUAAAGCAAAGAAAAACUUGGAAAAAGACAGAGAAGCGUCCCCCAAGACACUUUUCAGGUUAUCUAUGUUGCCAUGGAAACCAGUCAAAUUAAUCAGGCCAUCCAAUACACUGUGCAGGUACAGUCCUCUUAAGGCGCACCAGGUUGUCAAUCAAGUGCAAACUGUUAUCUUGAGGUAAUUGGUCAAGGGGACCUAGGUGAAGAAGAGACUGGAAACACUAAAAGAUGGACAGAACAAGAGAAAAAGAAGUGGAACCAGACUCAUGUGAUGGGAUUAGGGAGAGGGUGAGAUUUCUUGCAACCAGAAAAAGAGAUGGAGAGAUGGACUGGAAAGAAAGACAGAGGCGGAGAAAUGGAGAUCGACAUGUAAAUGGAAGCUCAUCGAUGUCAGAGCAGGCUGAAUAUGGAGGUCAAGACAAUGAAAGGAGAAAAGGGGACACUUUUCCUAGGAUGACAAAACCAACCAGAGUGAGAGACAGAAGGAUACCUAAUCCAGAUUAUGAAAGAGAAUGUGACAUGGGAAAACCGAAGGACAGGGUGUAUAAAAAUGAAAGAGAUAAGGAAAGGAGGUGUUACGGAGACAUGGACAUGCAGGGGAAAGAGAAAUUGCGAGAUACAGGGAGGAGUUGAGGAAAAAUGAAAUGAAAAGGCUUAUAAAGGAGGAGCCAGAUAGACCAAGGGAACGAGUGAAGGAGUUUGAUUCAGGAAUGAGAGGAAGAAGGAGAGAAAGUUAUCCAGGGGUCAGUGACCUUCCAGGCAUGAGGGAAAGAGAGACAGACAGAGACAGACAUCAACAAAGAGACAGAGAGGGCAGAUAUUAUCCUCGACUCAUGGAAAGAGGGACAGACAACUUUUCAGAUAAGGAAAAGAGGACUGAAAGACAGAGAGAAGGAGAGAGAACUGAGAGACAGAGAGAGGGAGAAAGAUCUAGGAAAAGAGAUACAAAAAGCGAAGGAGACAGUGAUGGAGACAGGGGUAAGGAAAGGAAGAGAGAAGAAGAUGCUAAACAUAGACACAAACACUACAAGAGUGAAGGAGACAGUGACGCAGAGCAAAGGCUAGACAGAGUUAGAGAGAGAGACAGAUGUAGAGAGAGAGAGUCCGAGGGAUGGCGAGACAUGGCAAUGCCCAGAGAAAGAGAUUAUCGGGAGAAAGGUUAUCAUGAUCCAAAAUGGGUCAAUUUGGAUCGACUCAGAGAGACAGAUAAACCAAGAGACAGAACAAGAGACUCCAAAGAGAAAAGAACAGACAGAGAUGCUUACUUAUUCGCAACUGAAAGAGAAAGGUAUAGAGAUAGAGAAAGGAUAAGAGAGAGGUAUAGGUAUACUGAAAGAGAGAUUGACGAGAGGGAGAGGUGGAGGAAAGACAGAGUGACAAAGUGUGGACACAGUAGUGGAGAGCUGAUUUCAGGAACUGAUAUUGAGACUGAAAAAAGGGGGCAAUGAGAGAUAAACGUGAGGACAGAGACAGAGAAAACACAUAUGAGACUGAUAUAGAAAGAUUGAAGGGAAGAACUAAGGAAGAGCAGGAAGUAAUGAAUAAACUGACGGAAGGAGAGAAGAGUGAAAUCUUUGCUGCCGAGGAAGCAGUUACAAAGAAACCUAAAAACUGGAUAAGGCAAAUGUGGCUGGAACCUCGUAGUGAGAAAAAAGAAUCAGGGAACUCAGAGAGAGAGAUAGCAAGAGAGAGAUACAUUCAAAGAUACACAGAGAGCAUGAUAACUAGAAAUGAAGAAGAGCCUAAGUUAAGCAAAGCAAGCAAGAGCAAAAUUAUUGAGGAUAAGUAUAGAGAACUUGAGAGGGCUGGGGAGUUUUUGUUGGAAGAGGACAUGACUUCUGAUAAAGAGGACAUGGAUCCAGAGUGGCAGGUGAACAGAGAGAAUGUGGCCAAUAACAUGGAAGAUAAUGACAGAGAUGAACCGAUAAGCAACAAUAGAUAUGACUACUUGGAGGAUGUUAAAGGAAGUGAGGGAGAGUCAAAGGCAGAGAAGAAAAGAAAGAUGGCAGUAGAUGAUGGAUUUGUAACGGUCUCCAGAGGAGGGGAUGGAGAGGAAGAGGAUUCUGAAGACUGCAAAGAAUUCUGGGAAGGUGGAGUUCCCGAAACGGUCUCUGGACACUCAGUAAAUGUUCAUGACAGAGAAAUUGGGGCAGAUGAAGAAAUGGAAAACCAAACAGUGAAUGAAAGCGCAGAUUGUAUGGCUCCAAAAGGACCCGUAAGAGUCUUUUGUGUGAUUGGUCAGACCCUUCCCAAUUCACAAACCAAAGAGAAUUUAUACAUACAUCCCACUGUUGAAGAGGCAGCCGAUCAGCAUUCAGGUCAUAACAUGGACAACCAAGGAGAAAUAUGCACUGUAAAAUGAAGCAUUUAAAAGGGUUGAACAUUGUGAGCAGGACAUUGAAAGAGUGAUGGAUGACCUCAGUCUUUCUUCUAAUGAGGAAAAAGGGGAGGGUGCAGGAAGUAAUGACCAGGCAACAGAGGGUGUAACAUCACUGGAAGGCCAAAUGAUUCCUCCUAGUGAGCGAUCAGAACAAGAAAACCAAAUUUUUCUACCAGAGCCUUUUGAAACUUCAGGUCCAUGCAAGGAUAAUGGUCAUGGGGCUACAGAGACUCAUAGUGAAGCCACGAUGCAAAGAGGAGAAGAAGAACCUACCGGAGACACGGUGGAGUAUUUAGGUUUAGAUGACUCAUGGGGCACACCUGGGGAACGAAAGCGAUGCUCUACUGCCCCUCACCUUCAAUGGGCCAAGAACGUGGUGAGUGAGAUCCUGGGUCAAAAGUCAGCGGACACAGAAAAUACAAAAGGUAGUGUGACACACAUAGACAUUCAAACCAACACACAAACAGGGGGUGCAAGAGAAAUGGACAAAUCAAGGAAAGAGGAAGAAAUAAUUGAGGGAGGAGAAGAACAGCAGAGAGGGAUAGAGAGAGAGUUGAAUGAGAAAUGUGACUGGCUGGAUCCUAGUUCUAACCAGCACAACCAGGCUUCCUCAGAAGGAGAGGCAGAGGAGAUGGUAGUAGAAGUAUCUAAGAAUAAAGAUAGUAUUGAGAAGGUUGUUCUAAGCUCUAGUAGUUUUCAUGAUUUGGGGAAUGAAGCUCGCAUGAGGAGGCGAGGGUUCCGAAAGUCAGCGGAAAAAAACAAAGAAGAGGAAGAGGAUGAGGAAGAGGGAGAAGGAGCUGGAAGGGAUCGAAGGACAAGAAUAUUCAACAACUCAGAUGAUAAAGAGGAUACAUUGUGUUUAACCAGGAGUGAAACGGAUAUAAGGAACUGUGGGAGGACAAAAAAGAGGAAUUCUAAAUUCUUUAACUCUCAGUUGUAUCAGGAAUACAGCGAGGUGGUCCAGAACAGAGAGAUCCAGCUGUCUCAUUCCGAUUCUCUAUCAAUGAGUGCAUCUUCCUCUCCAAAUCAUUCCCCUAAACUAUCACGCAGACCUCUCCCACCUCUCCCUCAGGUCUUUCUACACCCCACUCUGUCCAACUCCUUUAAAAGUCUUGAUGUGCCUCCGCAAUCCGUAAACAGACCCCCAUCCCCUCGCCUGUCCAUCUCUGCUUCCUCAACCUCACUAUGGCAGGAUCUCCUCGGAGUGAGGAACAGCCCAGACUUGGAGGAACUUACUGAGGAUGAGAGGCGUCUGCAGGAGGUGAGGUUUGAGGUCGUGACCUCUGAGGCAUCAUACUGCCGCAGUUUGGACAUCGUAGUUGAGAACUUCGUCAUGUCCAAACAGCUCAACUUUAUCCUGUCUUCACAAGACAAAAACUGGCUGUUCUCCAGGCUAAAUGACGUUAGAGCCAUCAGUCACAGUUUUCUGUCUAAGCUGGAGGAAGCAGUGGAGAAGGACAUAAUGCGCUUUACUGUCUGUGACAUCAUUAUCAAACACUGUCCACGAUUCCGAAAUGUGUAUGUGCCAUACCUUACCAACCAAUCAUAUCAGGACAAGACGUAUCAAAGACUAAUGGAGGAGAGUCAAGAAUUCCGCAGAGUUGUGGAAAAUUUAGAGCGCAACCCGGUUUGUCAACGACUGCCUCUACGGUCUUUCCUCAUUCUGCCAUUUCAAAGAAUCACACGCCUGAAAUUGCUUGUGCAGAAUAUUGUAAAGAGAACUGCUCCAAAAACCAAGGAUGAAGCACAGGCCAUUAAGGCCAUGAAACUACUUGAGAAGAUGAUCCAGGACAGUAAUGAAAGUAUCUCUCAAAUGAAGAACAUUGAGUCACUUGUGACCCUCAAUGCCAAAGUUGACUUUGAGUGCAGGACUCUUCCAUUGAUCAGCCAGUCCCGCAGACUGGUACGAGAGGGACCUGUGACUGAACUGAGAGACUUUUCUAUAAAAGACAGGGAAGAAGAGAGGAAUGUUUAUAUGCACCUUUUCAAUGACUAUCUCCUGGUCUCUUUGCGGAAAGAAGGGGGCAGGUUUACAGUUAUCGACCAUGCACCUGUGUCCGAGCUGCGGGUUGAGAACUGCAAGUUCAAACUGCAUUCCUUAAAAAGAAACCUGUUCCAUCUGCACAUGCCACAAAAAGCCCUGCUCUUGCGGACAGAUACACAAGCCAAUAAACUGCGCUGGAUCUCAGCACUCUCUCGACCUUAUCCUGAGAUCGACUUCAGUGAAGUUCAGGACUUUCCACAAAUGCAGUGCAUCAGAGCCUUUGUUGCACAGCAGCCAGAUGAGCUAAGUUUAGAGAAAGCUGAUGUUCUAUUAGUUCACCAGCAGAGCACUGAUGGUUGGGUGGAAGGGACUCGUCUGUCAGACAGACAACGUGGUUGGGCCCCAGUAUCUCACCUGGAGACAAUAGUCAGUGACAAAGCAAGAAAGCGCAACCUGCUGGACACCGUGAAAAUUGCUACAGCGGCAAUGUGAAGCGAUCAAUGUUCUCAAGUGGACUUUUUCAACCACUAUUUUUUAGUAUUACUUUAAAGUCUUAUGCAAAAAGGUCUUCAAGAACUUCAAGGGUUUAUGUCUUAACUUCAUGGGAAGUUUCUAUUUAUUUUGUGUGUACACCUAAGCUGAUAAGGGUGAUGUGGGUGUUAUGGCCUCGCCCAUGUCAGGGUACUACUCCACACCCUGCGAAAGAGUCUGGUAAGAUGCUGUAUUAAGGCAACUGAACUCUUUAGAUAUCCCAUGGACGAAAAUGGACCUUGCAAUUUGUGCAAAUACAGCCUGCUCCAACUGAGCUUCCAUGCACCUUCCAUAGUUUUUAUAUAAGACUCUUUUAUGAAUUGGAAGUGGGGAGUCACUCCUGGGCAGAAGUAUGGACUACAGUUUGUUGUCCUUAUAAUGAGCUAGCUGUCUAGCUGAGGAACCAAGAAAUCUGGAUAUAGGACACCUGCAGCAAAACUACUUGUUCUGUGUUAUAUAUAAACAUCAGGUCCCCUUCAGUGUGGCGUAUAAAUGCUGUCAGACUGCAGCCUCGUGGGAAUUCCGUUUGAAGAGGAGAUAUUGUUGUGCACCAGGACACACGAUGCAAAGGACAAAACUAUUACCAAUUCGCAAAAACUUGGACUUUAACACAGUGCAAAUUUUAUUUAGGAUCAUGAAUUAAGGAUGGCGACUUUAUAAGACCAAAAGGUUUACAAUACCCAAGGUUGUCUACAAUGUACAUAAUGUAGGUUUUUAACAUAAAAGCUAAAAGUAUUGUUUUCAUGGAAUAAUUCCAUCUCUGCUUAUAACUGUAAU